AUGAAAAACGUUCAGAGAGUGUGGGCUAGCGUAAACAUUUCUUAACCAUUUACCAAACCACAUUAAAACAAUGUUUCGUAAGACAACGCGGAGAAAUAUUAGAGAAAGGAAAGAUGAUUCUAGUGAAGAAGAUCGGAAAGAAGACGAGGAUGACAACCAUCAGAUCAAACCAUCAAAACUAUCUCAAACCAGAGGAAUAACAUGUAGUUCCAAGGCUCAAAAAGCUCCCGCAAAAUCGGAUUCAAGUGAUGAGGACGAUGACGGAAUGGUUUUAGACUCAGCCAGAAGCCCAGGUCCUCUGGAUAUAAAAGCAAAACGGCAAGCCAAAUCAAAGACGAUUACUUUCUCCGAUGACGACGGCCCUGAGUCUGAAUUCAAAAUAAAGAAAGCCAAAGACAAAUUGGUUGUGUUCAGUUCUCGAAAAAAAGAAGGUUCGCCAAUCAAGACUUCUGAAGCAAAAGAUGUCCCCCGAAAACAGCCACCCACCGUGGAGUCUGAUAGUGACUCUGCAGAGGAGAAGGAGAGCGAAAGCGACAGCAGUGACAUCAGCUCUAUGACCUCCAUGUCCUCUCAGUCCUCAGCCCCUGCCCAGAUGCCCCGGACUCCAGUCUCCAUCCCUGACGCCCGGAAGAUCCGUGCCGCCAGGGAGGCGCGCCAGCGGGCACGUGCCCAGAAGGACUACAUCUCUCUGGGCGCAGAUCGAGAGAGCACCCCCGGCACGGGGGAGGACGAGGAUCCGGACGACGAGGAGCGAGAGCGAGACAGCGACAUCGAGCCCGAUGACCACGAACGCCGUAUCGAGUUUGCCCCCCGACCCCAGACGCUCAGAGAGAGGAUGGCAGCAAAGAUGGGGGAGAGUGGCAGUGAGUACAGCUCUGAUGACAGUGAGGAGGCUGAGGCCCAGAGCCUGUGGGAGGCGCAGCAGAUUGAGAAGGGCGUGAAAAGGCCACAGCUAAGUAGAGGCGAAUGUGCGAUUCUCAAUGACCUGCUCCAGAAUAUUUUGCAGAUCUCCAAACCGGGAAAAGAGUCAAGCAAGAGGAAGAAACUGCGACUCCCUGAAUCACUUCCUGCUGUGAGCCUCGGCAUCAUCAAGAAGAGGAUCACUGGAAAACUGGAGUCGUUGAGAGGUGUUCACCGGGCCCAUGAGGCCGACCUGCGGAGGCUCCAGUUUGAUGUGGACGAGGCCAAGAGCACCCUGGAGAACCUGGAGAACACCACAGCAGAGGAGACGCUCAAGUUCUACCGGAACAUGCGCGUCUAUGCCGACAACCUGAUCGAAUGUCUGACAGAGAAGAUGGUGCUGAUAAACUCUGUGGAGAUGGACGUGCACUCUCUGUACAUCGACCAGGCGGAGGCGCUGUUCGCCUGCAGGAAGGAUGCGUUGAGGGAGGAGUCCUCUCGUCUCCAGCAGCUCUCCUUUAACACAGAUAAGACAGGUGACGAGCCAAUGGGAGGCUCACAUGAGGGUCAGGACAGAGAGGAGAGCAGCUCAGAGGGGCAGUUGGAGCUGGGGGGUCUACCUGCCGACACGGAGGAACAACCUGAACAGCAAGAGCUGCAGAGGAAGAGAGCGGAAUUCCUGAAGAGAGCGCAGGCCAUCUUCUCAGACGUCCAUCAGGAUUUCUCGGACGUCGGUAAGAUCCUGUCCAGGUUUGACGAGUGGAGACGCUCCUACGCUGACUCCUACAACAGCGCCUACAUCGGCCUGUGCCUGCCCAAGCUCCUGGGACCCCUCGUCAGGCAGCAGCUCAUCGGCUGGAACCCUCUUCAGUCGGACGGUGAGGACUUUGAGAGCCAUCCCUGGUACUCUGCAGUGGAGAAGUUCUGCCACGGCCAAGGGCACGAGGAGGCUGAGAAUGCGGACACUAAAACCAUCCCUGCUAUCGUAGAGAAGACCGUCCUGCCCAAGAUUCAAGGCUUUGUGGAGUUGGUGUGGGACCCUUUGUCUCUGAGACAGACCCAGUGUCUUACCGUCCUUUGCAGGAGGCUACAGGAUGAUUACUCCACCUUCAGUGGCAAUCAGAGCAAGCCUGCCAAGGCCUUCCUGAUGUCCGUCACCUCACGGCUGAAGAGUGCAGUUGAUGAAGAUGUUUUCAUACCUCUCUAUCCAAAGAAGUACUUGGAUGACCGGGCUUCACCACAGUACAGAUUUCAAACACAGCAGUUCUGGUCAGCAGUGAAGCUGCUCGGUAACAUCACCCUGUGGGAUGGUAUCGUCCCUGAACACACUCUGAAGGAGCUGGCUCUGGACAAACUCCUCAAUCGCUACCUCAUGAUGACCCUGCUCAACGAGUCCGAAAGCCAGCUCAGCGUGGACAAAUGCAAAAAGGUGGCAGCAUGCUUCCCCAGGUCCUGGUUCGAGGAGUUGGACACAAGAUCUUCUCUGCCUCAGCUGAAGAGUUUCUGUGGUCACCUGCUGCAAGCUGGGCACUCUGUGUGCAAAGACAAUACUGACCCAGACAGGACAAGGGACAUUUUGAAAACUCUGUUCACCAUCAUGGCAGAUGUCAAGGCGUGGGAUGACCUGACUACCAUAGCAGAAAAGUACCACCACACAGACUUAAUGAGUCAGUUAUUCUAAAGUGUGAAGGUGAAGAACAUUCACCUUAUAGUAAUCAUCAUCCUCAAGAGUCAUAAAUGCUACUUUUGUACUGGUCAAUGGGAAAAUUAAUAAAUAAACAAU